AUGGCCAGACAAGAAGGGAAGCUGCUGGUUAAUUUGAAAACUAACUAUGCUGAUGUGGUGGUAGAUAUCGAGAAGAUAGGAAGGAGUUUCAAAAAGAAGACCAGAGAGAAGACUGAAAAGAAGAAAGAAGAGAAGAAGUCCUCUGUCAGUCGGCAAAAACUACAAAAGGAGCUUCCUAUAGCAGUUUGUGCAUUGCUGAAUUCAGGGGGAGGAAUAGUGAGGAUGGAGACUGAAGACAAUUACAGCUUCAAGAAACAUGGUGUUGGUGAGGACAUAGAGGACAGAUUUAAGUUCAUAGACCGCACCGAGUUCAGCGACUACUUCACGUGGAUGCAGCAGCGGAAUCACUUGCUGCUUUUUGUUAAAACAUGGAGCUGUGGAGGCCUAGAGCAGGAGACUGGGACCACGAAGGCACGCAUCUGUAGCCUGAGUACUGGUUUAUUCCUUCGGUCCAACACUUCAGUUUUAUCUCUGACUUCAGGGCAGGCCGCUGAAUUUUUGAGGAAAAGAUGUGACAGGGAGAGGGAUGAGAAUGGGCCAAGUGCUAAGAGACGUCAGAGGAAUUUUGAUGGGGGAGCAAGGGACACCACUUGGACCAUCGAGGAGCACAACAUCCAAGAUGCUGUGGGCAAGUUUUUAGAGAGAGAGGAACUGAAGUUUGGGGAGGUCCUGGAUUUCACAGAGACAAAGCAUAUCGAAUUUAAGAACUUUGCCACGGAGAGCAUCUUCAAACGCAUGAAGGAAGCCCUCCCAAAAUACAUCUCUGCCUUUGCAAACACUGAUGGUGGGUAUUUAAUUUUUGGAGUGGAUGACAACAGCACUGUUGUUGGAUGCCUUCCUGGAGUGGAGAAAGAAGCUUUAGAAAGCACGGUGGCUAGUACCGUGGCCUCGAUGCGCGUCCAUCACUUCUGUGGCUCUCGGGCUGGCGUGCAGUUUGAAACCCACGUCCUGCGUGUUCGUGGGCACGCAGAGAGCUCGUACGUGUGUGCUGUGCGAGUUGAGCCCUUUUGCUGUGCUGUUUUUGGUGGUCAGCCUGAGUCCUGGAUGGUGGCAGGUGAAGAGAUCGAAGAACUGAGCGUCGAGAGAUGGACGGAGCUCAUGACGGCUGCAGACCCAGAUCUUUCACGUCUGGCUGAUAAAUUUGAGAAUGAGCUCAGCUUGGCAAACAGUCCUCCUCUUAUCAGGCCAGUUUAUUCAAAAGCUGGACUCCCAUGUGUGGCUGAACUCCAAAAAAGCCUCUACCCAGUGGGCUCUAACGAAAUCAAAUGGAUGCCAGAAACCAUCUGCACCGAGCUGUUCUCAGAGUAUCCUGGAUUACAGGACUUAAUGAAAAAUCAGAUCAGUCCCCUUAACAAGGGGGUGCUGGUAUUUUCAAGGAGCUGGGCUGUUGAGAUUGGAUUGCAGAAAACCCAGGAUGUGGUGUGUGAUGCUCUCUUAGUAGCAGAAAAUGAGACGCCACUGUUGUACACCGUGGUGAGGGAUGGCUCUCGCGCUGCAUGGGAAUACUCCAGAGGCACUGCUCGUGCAUUAAAGCAGAAACUAGUCAACGAUGGGGGAUGUGCUAUAAAGCUGUGUGUGAUUCCCCAAGUACUGCACCUGCAGGACACAGAAGAUCAGAUGGAACUGCAUUGUUACUCCAACAUGUACCCAGAGGAUUACAUCCUCACCUCCAGGGACAUCCCUGCCCUCCUGCGUGCACUUGUGAUCGUUGUGCUGCGCUUCAAGUCCUACUUAAGUGACUGGUUUGGCUGUGAGAUUUUCAGCCUUCUCACUCUCAAACAGUAUGAGCUGCUCUCCAAGAACCUGGACAAAACCAAGAACCUGUUUGUCUUUGGUCUUCCUGGAACAGGGAAAACAAUUGUGGCUAUGAAGAUCAUUGAGAGAAUAAGAAACAUUUAUCAGUGUCAUCCAUGGGAGAUUCUCUACAUCUGUGAAAAUACUCCCUUGAAAAAAUUCGUGGGAAAUGAGAUCUGCCAGUCUGUGACACGAACUGCCUUCGUAAUGAAGACCUUCUCAGAAGUGAAGCACAUCGUGGUCGAUGAGGCUCAGAAUUUUCGUCCUGAAGAAGACUGGUACCGCAAGGCCCAGGAGCUGGUCAAGGACAACAAAGGCAUCCUCUGGGUCUUCAUGGACUUCUUCCAGCUCACUCACACAUCUAGUUGCGGUCUUAGCUUUGAAAAGCUGUAUCCCCAGGAAUGGUUGACCACAGUCGUUCGCAAUGCCGGGCAAAUAUACAGCGUCAUGCUUGAGCAGAUGGAGAAAAUCCUCCAAGAGCGUAAGAACGAGGACAUAAUGCCCUAUGAGGUGCUGGAAAAGCUGUUUGAUAAGGCUGAAUGUGCCCAUCCCCUGCCAGGGAGCUACACAGAAAGAGAAGAUAUGGAGACAUCUGCAAUGUUAGAAUAUGUGAGCCAGCAGUGCCACAGCUACAUCCAGCGAGGCCAUCCCAUGAAAGACAUCGCGGUCCUGUGCAGCACUCGCGAUGCGGCCCAGAAGUUCAGGGAGAUGUUGGAAUGUGAGCUAGACAGACGAAAGAGGAAGUAUAGGGUGAAGUUGGUCUUCAGUGAAGCAGAGAGUGGUUUAGAUGAUGCCAUUGUUAUUGACAGCAUCCGACGCUUCUCAGGCCUGGAGAGGAGGAUUGUGUUUGGCAUCCACCCUGUCCCUGCGCAGGAGGAGAUCUCUCGCAACCUCUUGCUCUGCCUGGUGUCCCGAGCCAACACCAAACUCCAUGUGCUGUAUCACAAAGAUCUUGCAUUCUUGAGUGAUAGUUGCCCCUUACCCAGGGUUGAGGAUGCUAGAAUGCUUCACUCAUAUUUUAGUUAG